CGUGAUUAGAACAUUGUUGACGAUGUUGCUCUCUUGUUUACAAAUUUUGAUCAACAUACAUAUAUCAUAUCUCAAAUAAUGGAUGUAAAUAUACUAUUUUGCAUAAAAAUUCUCAUUAUUAAAGGACAAAAAUUGUGUUAUGUUUUUAUAAAUUAAGGCCUGCCAUUAAAGUUAUAAAUAUGCUGUUUCUCACAUUUUAGCAUGCGCUGAUUGUAUAUAGUGCUUAAAUAUCAUGUUGUCUUCAAAGAAAAAAGAUUUAAAAUAUCUUAGUGAUGGUGUUGCUGGAAAAUAUGUUAAGAAAGACACCCCCCCUGAUAUUCCAGUUUUAAAUGUCUGGACAACAGUUCCAGAACCUCCAACGAAAAGAAUUAUCUCACUCACACGAAAAAAUUCAGAUAAAAGCACAAAGGAAACUCCCAGACCUGUUCCUCCCCCUCAACAGAUGUCUUUAGCUCAAAAAUGUGCUAAAGCAUCCCAAAGCCAAAUUUCUAAUGCUGCAAAAGUAAAUACACAAAGUGCCCUAGCAAGUACCAAUAUAGGUCCAUUGCAACGUCCCAGUCCAGUCUUGCAGAUAAAUCCAAAUUUGUCAAUCGGUGCUCAACGGGGAUUGCCGACACCAUCCUUCAAUCCAGUUCCUACUCCUCAGCCUUUUACUGGCAAAAUAUCUCAGGGGAGCAAAAUAGAACAACCUUCAAGACUCAUUCCCAAUACAGCUGAGAGUUUCAUGCGUUUAAAUACUUUUGGUCACUCCUCUAAUGUUGUUGAUGCUACAUCUCAAGCUCAUGCAUCUCAUUUGCCUCGAUAUGAAUCACACAUAUAUGUCAAUCAUUAUGUUAAAAAUUCAAGUUCAGAGAAUGAUUGCAGAGUUUGUGAAGUAGAUAAUGAUGGUAUUCCUAUUAAAAGUAAAGAAGACAGCAAUCCAAAUCUGAGAUGUGUUACUGUGCCUGCGGCUGUUUCUAUAAUUGAAGUUCCAGGUCAAAGAAGUGUUGAAUCUGAAAAUCAUCUUCCUGAAAUAGCAUAUAAACAAGAUGAUAGUAUCCAAAUCCAUUUAUAUCAUCAACAAAUUCGAGAUCAGUAUUCUCCUAACUUUCAUCAAACUUCUAAUGAACAAUUUCACUUGCAACCAUCCAUAGCUACUCCAAACACUAAUAUAAUAUCUCAAAAAAUGUAUAAUCAUACAUAUCAAAACGUACCAGACAAUGCUUCACAGCUUGCAUAUUCAGCCGCAUUUGUUACGACUUCAAGAGUACCCCAGUCACUUGCUAGCAGUAGCAACAUUCAACAUUCUUCAAUGGCUGUAUUGCCUAUGCAUGCAAAUCUCUCAGCUGUAGAGAGUCACCAGCAAGCGAUUCCAAACCCUGUUGCUGCCUCAUCUUCAGUGUCUGUCCUUCCCUCUAGUGCAGGAGCCUGCUAUUCUACUCCUAAUGAAUUGCCUUUACCUCCUGGUUGGUCUGUUGAUUAUACAAUGAGAGGUAGAAAGUAUUAUGUUGAUCAUAAUACGAAGACAACACAUUGGAGUCAUCCUCUUGAAAAAGAAGGCUUGCCUACUGGGUGGGAACGAAUUGAAUCUCCUGAUAAUGGUGUUUACUAUGUCAACCAUAUAACAAAAUUAGCUCAAUAUGAGCAUCCAUGUGCCCCUCAAUAUGGUCAUAAUAGUGCCAUUAUAUAUCAAGCUUCUUUGCUGAACCAGAAUCGCUAUCCACCUCCCCGGCAUACAAAUUUUCAUCAGCAUAAUGUGAUAGUUCCUGCAAAUCCUUAUCUUACUGAAGAAAUUCCACAUUGGUUAUAUGUGUAUUCAAAGGCGCCAUCAGAAUUCGAUUACAAGUUAAAAUGGAAUCUCUUCAAACUUCCUGAAUUAGAUUGUUACCAAGCAAUGUUAAAUCGUCUCUAUAGACAAGAACUGGAAAAUAUUGUGAUGAACUAUGAAGCGUAUCGCUUAGCACUUUUCAAAGAAAUGGAAAGAUGUCUAAACGAAAAAAGUGAAAGAAAAUCUUAGCAAUUUUAAAAUAUAUAUAUUUAAUAAUAUUAGCAGAAUUUUUUUGUUUUAUUUUCUUAUCUAUUAUUACUAAAUUCUUUUAUCCAAAUUCCAGUGUUAUGUAGUGAUAACUGCAUCUCUUAAAGGACAAAAGCCACUGCGAGUUGAGCUUAAAUUUCGAUUCCGAAGGUUGUAUUUUCUGCUAUACUUUUUUGAAAGGAAAAAUUUGGCAAGCUAUUUUUAUAUUGGGACUAAACUUGCUGAUUCAUUGUUACCAAAUUAUAAAUAGUCAAAUUGUUAUUAAAUCUUCAAUAACAACUGUAUUUUUGCUACAAUCAUAAGAGAUUAGAAAUUAUUUUUAAAAACAGCCUAAAAGUUUAUAUUUUUAUAAUAUUUACAAAGCAAACAAAUUAAGAAUAUAAAACAUGUACGAGAAGAUUUACUGAGAAAUUUUUAACUGAGAAUAGAAUUUGAAGAAACGAAACUUUUUCAGUUUUUGAGAGAAAUGAAAAGUAUUCUUUGUUUUUAUUGUUUAAAAUAGCUCCACUUAACUAUUUACAAUGUCAGAUAGUAAAAUUUUUGCAAAAUUUUUCAUUCCUACUUAUUUUAAGAAAAUGUUAUAUAAAGUAACAAUGUAUUUUACUAUGCUAACUGAAUUGUUAGUAGUAAUUUCCCAGAAUUGCAUAAUUUUUCUUAUUUGUUUAUUUUUUUCCAAAAAUGCAUAUUUGCUGUUUAAUGCAUGCUGUAAUCAGUAUGUUUACAACACAUCUUUGUUUGAAUUCUUAGAUACUAUUCCAAACAUUAGACAUUUGUAAAUCAGAAGAUGCUUAUAUUUUUUUCUUAUGUAUAAAAAGUUUUGUUUCCAUUAUAAAUUUUGAUUGUAAUUUUUUUAAUGAAACAAAGUGCAAAUAUCUGAAUUAGUAAAAGCAGUUUUUUUUUUUUUUUUAAUCCUCGUGUUUAUGAAAUGUCACUGUGAUAAAGCAGUUUUAUUUGUUAUUUUUCUAAUUAAGUUAGAAAAAUUAGUUAAGAAGUAACAAACCCUGAAAUAUAUUCAUUAUUUUAACUCAUUAAAGGCCAAUAUUCUCAGCUGUCCCCUCCCCCCAAAUAGGUGAGAAUUGGUUACUCAUUUAUUUUGUUUAUCUUAAGAAAAUAAAGACAUUCACCAUAAUACUGUUAUGAUAUAAAUGUUUAUAUUUUGAUCUACAAAAUUUUAAAACUAAAGUAGUUGCUAACAUUAUAAAAUAUCAAUAUAUUCUAGGAAUAAAUUUACUACUAUUUUUUGCAUCAUAGCAAAAUGCUGUCCUUUCCCAACUGUUUAAAAUAGGCGUGUUCCAAGAUUUUUAGUUUAUAGUUAAUUUGGAAGAAAUUAACUAUUUUGGCUAAAUUUUGAAGAAUUUUAUUUUAAGUUAAUUUUAAAAACAAUGUUUCUGUUUUUUAUUGAAUGUUUAA